AUGUCCGACUGCCAAGGCACANCUGUAGACGGUUUCUGCGCUGAGCACGGUGUCACCUUUAGAACCACCAUCAUUGAGAAAUUUGAAGUGGCUUUUGGCAAUGAAGGCGAGACAAUGAGUCUGGGCUGCUCUGUCAUUGUUUAUCCCACUGUGAAAAAAUACCAGCCUGAGGUCGUGUGGUACAGAGACUCUGUCCCAUUGAAGCCCUCUAAAUGGGUCCAAACCCUCUGGUCUGGGGAGCGUGCCACACUCACAUUGGUCCACCUCAACAAGGAAGACGAGGGCAUGUACACCAUGCGUGUCAACACCAAAUCUGGCUUUGACACCUACUCUGCUUAUGUGUUUGUGAGAGAUGCUGAUGUGGAGGUGGAGGGGCUUCCCGUGGCUCCCCUGGAUGUACACUGUCAUGAUGCCAACAAGGACUACGUGGUGGUGACCUGGAAGCAGCCGGCGGUGGAGGGCAGCAGCUCCAUCCUGGGAUACUACAUCGACAGGUGCGAGGUGGGCACUCACCACUGGGCUCAGUGUAACGACGCCCCGGUGAAGUACGCCCGCUUCCCCGUCACCGGUUUGGUGGAGGGCCGCUCCUACGUGUUCAGAGUGCGCGCCCUGAACAAGGCAGGAGUCAGCCAUCCAUCCCGUGUCUCUGAGGCUGUGGUUGCCAUGGAUCCCUCCGACAGAGCCCGCCUCAGAGCUGGCCCCUCAGCUCCUUGGACUGGGAUUAUCAAGUUCACAGAGGAGGAUACCACCGUGGGCGUUGUCCCCGGAGAACCCUCUGAUGUUGUGGUUACUGAGGCGACCAAGAGCUACGUGGUGCUCGCCUGGAAGCCUCCGAUGCAGCGCGGUCAUGAAGGAGUCAUGUAUUACAUCGAGAAGUGUAUUUCUGAGUCAGACACCUGGCAGAGGGCGAACACCGGCAUGCCAGUGAAGUCUCCUCGCUUCGCCCUGUUCGACCUGGCAGAGGGAAAAUCUUACAGCUUCCGCGUUCGCUCCUGUAACUCCGCUGGUGUGAGCGAGCCCUCUGAAUCCACAGGAGACAUCACGGUCGGAGAUAAACUGGACCUGCCCUCAGCUCCUGGCAGUCCAGUGGCCACCAGGAACACCAACACCUCCGUGGUCGUCUUCUGGAGCGCCUCUAAGGAGGUCAAACACCUGGCCGGCUACUACAUCGAAUACAGUGCGGUGGGCACAGAUGAAUGGACACCUUGCAACAACAAACCUGUCAAGAAGACCAGGUUUGUGUGCCACGGCCUGACUACCGGGACAAACAUCGUGUUCAGAGUGAAGGCAGUGAACGCUGCAGGAUACAGCCUGAGCUCCGUCAACUCUGAAGCUGUGGUUGUGCAAGCUGCCGUCUCCAUCUCUGGAAACCCCACCAAUGUUACCCUGGUGGAGGCUGUGAAGGAUUACAUGACGCUGGCCUGGACUGAGCCCUCUUUCAAUGGAGGAGCUGAUAUCCGGGGAUAUUUUGUGGACUACAGGACCGUGAAGGGAGGCGUUGUUGGAAAAUGGCAUGAGAUGAACCACAAGGCACUGCCUGCUCCCUCCUAUAAAGCUGAGAACCUGAAGGAGAACGUAUUGUACCAGUUCCAGGUGCGCGCUAUGAACAUGGCAGGUGUGAGUAAAGCCUCUCUGCCCAGCUCAGCGAUAGAGUGCAAGGAAUGGACCAUUACUUUGCCAGGUGUUCCUGUGGGUCUUCAUGCGCUGGAGGUCCGUGACACCUCGGCCGUGAUGCUGUGGGAGCCGCCUAUAUUCAGUGGCCGCACUCCUGUCAAUGGAUACUAUCUGGACCUGAAGCUGGCCUCUGCUGGAGAGGCAGGCUGGAAGGCUGCUCACGAGAAAGCCAACAAGGGCAAAUACAUGAAGGUGACGGGGAUGAAGGCGGGUGCUUCCUACGUUUUCCGCGUGCGCGCUCAAAAUCUGGCCGGCGUCGGAAAGUCCUCAGCAGCCUUAGGUCCAAUCCUGUCCCAGACUCGACCUGGCACCAAUGAGAUUUAUGUGGAUGUGGAUGAUGACGGUGUGAUCUCCAUGGUCUUUGAGUGCUCUGAGAUGAAGGAGGGCUCUGAGUUUGUUUGGUCCAAGAACUACAAGACCAUUACAGACACCUCUCGCCUUACCAUGGUUACUAAAGGGGGAAAGUCCAGAGCCAUCUUCAACAGUCCCUCCCUGGAGGACCUGGGCACCUUCUCCUGCGUUGUCACCAACACUGAGGGCUUCUCCUCCAGCUACACUCUCACUGAGGAGGGUCUCAAACGUCUUCUGGACAUCAGCCAUGACCACAAGUUCCCAGUUAUCCCCUUCAAGAAUGAAAUGGCCAUGGAUCUGCUGGAGAAGGGUCGCGUGCGUUUCUGGACUCAGGUGGAGAAAUGCAGCUCCGCCUGCACUGUGGACUAUGUCUUCAAUAAUGCCAUCAUUACAGACAACAAGAAAUACACAGUGAACUUCAACAAGUCCACCGGAAUUAUUGAAAUGUUCAUGGACUCUCUGGAGGUCACUGACGAGGGAACGUUCACCUUCAACCUGGUGGACGGCAAAGCUAAGGGGACGACCAGUCUGGUGCUCAUUGGAGAUGAAUUCAGGGCGCUUCAGAAGAAAUCUGAGUUUGAGAGGGCAGAAUGGGUCAGGAAACAGGGUCCUCACUUUGUCGAGUACAUUGGCUUCACUGUUACUCAAGAAUGCAAUGUGCUGUUGAAAUGCAAGAUUGGAAAUAUCAAACCAGAGACUCAGAUCACCUGGUCCAAGGACAAAAUUGAAAUUGCAGAGGAUGAUGAGGACGCCGCGAAAAUCGAGAGAAAGGACGGCCAUCUGACCUUUAAUAUCGGAAAGAUCUCCAAGGCUGACAAAGGUGUUUACGAUGUGGUCCUGAGGGACGAGAGAGGCAAAGAUAAGAGCUCCUUCGAUCUGACAGAUGCAGGAUACCAGGCUGUAAUGAACGAGCUGUUCAGGGUUAUUGCCCACUCCUCCUCUGAUAUCAAAAUCGUCAGUACUGAAUACGGCAUCAUCCUCUCCUCCUCGGUCACGUAUUACAAUGAGGAGCUGCGUGUUGGAUGGCUUCAAAAAGAUGCUAAGAUUUCUGUCUCAGAGAGAGUUAAGUCUGGAGUCACAGGAGAGGAGCUUUGGCUUAAAAUCAAUGAGCCCACUGAGAAGGACAAGGGCAAAUACACCAUGGACAUCUUUGAUGGCAAGGAUGGUGUAAAGAGAGUCUUUGAUCUGAGUGGCAAGGCAUGGGAAGAGGCAUUUGAAGAAUUCCAGAGGCUCAAGGCGGCAGCCCUCGCAGAAAGAAAUCGCGCUCGUGUGGUUGGAGGCUUGCCAGAUGUGGUUGCAAUCCAGGAGGGCAAGUCCCUGAACCUGACUGGAAAUGUCUGGGGCGAGCCCGUACCUGAGGUGAGCUGGACGAAGAACGACAAGGAGCUGCUGUCUAAUGAGCGCUAUCAGCUCAAGUUUGAGCACGGCAAGUUUGCCAGCAUCACAAUCACCUCCGUCACCACGGCUGACUCUGGCAAAUAUGCCCUCCUGGUGAAGAACAAGUACGGAAAAGAGGCUGGAGAGUUCACCGUCAGCGUGUACAACCCAGAGGAGGAGGAGAAGAAAGGCUAAAGUAUGAUGCAGUGUAAUGAAAUAAAGCAGGAAAGAUAAACGAAUGGGCUUUCUCCAAAGCAUUUUACCCCGGCACAUGCCGGUGCACUGAGCAGUUUUAAAUAAAUGAUUCAUACAGCUGCUUCCUCCUGCGUCUUUCAUGUGCUGGGCUAAAGAGCUUUGGGCAUCGCUUGUCGAGGAAGCAAACAGUGGAUGUGAUACAGAGAGGAUAAAUGUGUGCUUUUAGUUGCUAGAUAUGUUUUCUGUCACUUGUGACCCUUUCAGCAGUAAAUGUUAUGUUUAAUCUUGGGAGAAUGUUGACCUGUCAUUAAUCCUUGAUUUAGCAAUGAAGGCCAGCAAAAGCAAGACACCGUUUUCUUAAACUAUUACGGUUUUACAUUUGGAAAACCUUUGACCUCUGAAUCCAACUCAUGCCUGAGGUUUAUACACUGUAAAAAAAUAAAGGAAAACACUGAUGUCAUGAACUUCC